AUGGGUGAUGCUGAGAAAGGCAAGAAGAUUUUUGUCCAGAAACGUGCCCAGCGCCAUACGGUGGAAAAGGGAGACAAGCACAAGACCGGGCCAAAUCUCCAUGGUCUCUUUGGGCAAAAAGCAGGUCAGCCCCCUGGAUUUUCUUACAUGGGUGCCAAUAAGAACAAAGGCAGCACCUGGGGAGAGGCUACACUGGUGGAGUAUUCGGAGACUCCCAAGAAGUACCUCCCUGGAACAGAAAUGAUCUUCGCCGGCAUUAAGAAGAGUGCAGAAUGGGCACACUUGAUAGUGUAUUCCCAAAAAGCUACUAAUGAGUAG